UUCCCAGCACUCUAUUCGGUAUUAGUAACAACUACUUUGCCAGGCUGCUUCUAUCCUAUCAAAUUGAAGUUUAUUUGCAACCAUUGGAUCCAGCUGGUAGUUGUUAUACAGUUUGCACGCAGGCGAUAGUACAGAAGUGAUUUCGUGCAAGUUCUGUUUGCGUUCAGAAAUCCAUUUUUUGAUGUUGUGGGUUAUCACGAGCGGUCUCAAACUUUUGAGUUAUUUGGAAAGCAAGUUAUUGAAUCAGCACGCGCUCACAGGCCUGGAUGUUGUGUUGAGUGUACGAGCUAGCUAUUUAGCUAGCUAGGUAGCUAACUUUACUGUCAUCAGAGGGUGCAAAAUGCGACGUCUAGAGUUCUAAACGAUGCAAUUCGCAUUCUAGGUUACAACUUGUUUUGCAGAAACUCAAGUUAACGCAAUUAGCUUUGCUUGAGCUGAACAACAGCGCUAGCUAACGCGUAUAGCUACGUUAGCUAGCUAGCUCACUUGAAUCUCCUCAAGACGUAACUGUGAGCAGCUAACUAGCUCGCUUGAAUCUUCUCAAGAUGACUGUGAGCAGCUAGCUAGGUUAACCCUUUGGUGAAGAAUGGCUGGCACGGUAAUGGGCGUGGGCACUGGGGUUUUCCUCAUUACUCUUAUCUGGAUUGUGGCUCUCGUGCUCGGGAUGAUCCUUUUGCGAGCUACUGGACCAACUAAGUUAGGCGUCAUCCCUGUCUUCCUGCUGGCCUUCAUUGCCACUCUUAUCCUGGUGUUCUUCCCCCGCAGCUCAGAGACUCCGUCACCAUUCAAAGACAUCGAGAUCGUAGACACUUUCUUCAUCGGCCGAUACGUCCUGUUGUCAGUGGCCAGUGUGGGCUUCCUGGUUGCUCUGUUUGGCCUGCUGCCACUGCAUUUCCUGGAAGCCGUCUAUGCCAAGCCAUUGAGAACACAUUAGAGCGGAGGGGCCAGGCCAAGUUGACUCGCUAGACUGGUGGCCAGGGCCGUAUGUGCAGCACUGGAGAUGAGAAAAGGCCAACUAAGAGGGGCCCUAGUUAAAUGGAGCACCGGACAAGUUGGCACCUGAACCAAAACACAGGCAGAGCCAAUGUUUUCUCUGUGGUCAACUGUUGUGUUUGUUGUUGGGGGGAGUUUUGGGCCAACCAUCAUUAAAGAUAGGCUAAAAUGUUGCCUGGUAUCUCACCCUGACAUAGAUUAUAUGUUUGGAUGUUUUGUAUAUAGAUAGCUAUUAGUUUGAUUUGGUGUGGUGGGGUAGCAGUUGCAUUAACGGAAUGGAUUUAUCUCUUGGGCCUCUAAAGUUCAGAGGAUAAGACUUAUAGCUGUAAUUUAACUGUAUGUAUAUAUUUUUUACUGAACUUGUAUAUUUUUUUAACAAUACAAAUAUUUUACAAGACAACUUCAUUAAACAUUUCAUUGUUGGUUA